AUGGCGGCUCGCCUGGUGCUUGUCGCGCUCCUGGUGGCGGCCGUGGCGGCGGCGGCGUGCCUCGCCGUCCCGGCUUCCGCGGGCGUGCCCGACAUGGGCGGCCUGGACGCCCUGGCGGCGGGGAAAAAGCAGUGCUCGGGCGCCGUGGGAGAGUGCGGCGUGGAUGAGGCCGAGGAGCUCGGGCUGAGCGGCGGCGGCGCGGGCGAGGCGCUCCGGCGGACGCUGGCGCAGCGGCAGCCGACCAACCGGUACAUCAGCUACGCGGCGCUGCGGGCGGACCAGGUGCCGUGCAACCAGCGCGGGCGGUCGUACUACAGCAACUGCGGCUCGCAGAAGGCCGCGAACCCCUACCGCCGCGGAUGCUCCGUCAUCACGCGCUGCGCCCGCAACACCAACUGAGGUCCAACCAUCCAUGGGGAUCCGCCGGCCUGCCUGCCUUAGCUUGCUCUCACAUAAACAUCGCAGCUUGGCGUCGACCGGUCGACGGUCUGGCGGCGGCGGCGGUGGAGGAGGCGGCGCUACGACGAUACGAAC